AUGCCCAAGGGUGUUGCGGCCAGUCCCCGUAAUCGCUGGGUCGUCGAAGACACUCCAUUCCUCUCCGCGCACCUCUCCAGGUUCGACCUCUGCGACCCCGACCACCACUUCGCCAUCCAAAUCCCAGUCCGAGCCCGCCUCUACCCUCCACUAAUGGAUGCAAUUUUAGCCCUCUCCGCCCGCCACAAGAGCCUAGUUGGCAAUGAAGUGGACUCUCUCGUAGCGAGUCAUUACUAUCAACGAUGUCUGAGCAUUCUAAUACCUGAACUCGACAGUGUUCACCAUGACAGUGUGGAUGACCUUCUCGCCGCAACGAUAGUCCUCCGACUGCACGAAGAACUCGACGGCCCAUUUUCGGGUUUAGAAACAACAUACCACCACAGCAUAGGUACGCGCGCUCUACUCCAAAACCAAGCUUCACAUAUCUCGUCCGUCUCUGGCCUCCGGCGUGCCGCCUUUUGGGCUGGGAUGCGGCAGGAGAUCUAUGCGUCGAUUAAGCGGCACCGCCCACCUGCGAUUAGAGCCUCUGCUGAGAUGCUGGCACACCUUGGGCCUUUGGCAAUGGAUAGUGCGUGGGCGGAGAGUGCAGUUAGUCAUUGCUUGAAUGUUUUGGAUUUCUGCUUUGGGGAUGAAAGUAUGAAUGCGGAUCUUUAUGAUAUUUUAUGUGAAAAGAUUAUGCGGUGGGAGGUUGAGCGGCCUGCAUCGUAUGACCCGCUUUGUUUUGAUGUUCGGAGAGAUUCGAACAAUGAGACAAAUACGUCUUGGGAUGUGAGAUAUCAUGGGGACUGGCAUGCGAGUGCGUGGGCGUAUAUCUUACUUGCCCGUAUUCUCUUGGUCAUUCACAAUCCCCGCCAACCACGUGUCGGACUGAAUCGAGUAUCGGCAUGGAAGAACGUGCUUAAAGAGGUCCACUCAAAAAUCAAACUCCUGUGUUCGAUCGCUCAAUGUAGACCUGAAACUCCGGGACCCUCAUUGGUGGCCUGCAUGGCUGUAUGGCUUGCGGGUGACAUGGUUGAGGAUCCGCCCGAGAGGAGAAGAAUUCUGGAGCUGCUGGCGAGAACGGAGGCGGUACACGGCUGGCCGACGCAGGAUAUUUGCGCGGAGCUUGAGGGCCUUUGGGAGGGCUAG